AUGACAGACCGCCGCGCGGAUAUGGAUCUCCGAUCUCUAUACGCGGGAUCCCCACGCUCUUUAUCCAACGGCACCAGGACGAAAACAGACCAGAGACAAAGGCCACACGCCAUCCCCGAUAACUCCUACCCUGAGUCCAUGACUUGUUCAGUAUCUACGCUAUCGUCCAAUUCAGCAAGCCCCGCUCCAUCGCUUGACGGCUCGAGGUCCCCCGUAUUUGAUACUGCAGACUAUAGCGACCCGUCCUUUGUCUCUGCGGAUACCAUGUCCAAUACCGAGGCAGCCCUUGGACCCCAUUACCAACACACCUCGGAGAAACCGAUCGAGGCAAAAACUAGUCAGGCUCAACUAGAUGUCCAGAGGCCACAGAGUCUUGGCCUGCCCCUUCGGAUGCAUGAUGAGGGUACCGAGCCAGGCACAAAGAAAAACUCUCAAAAGGUCGACCACCCACCCUUCGACGCCGACCCCAGCGCCGCUCUCACUUCAAGGAUCGCAGCGUCCAUCCUCCGGGAGGGCUAUGGCGUGAGGGCAGCCAAGACCACGGUGCCGCUCAAGGUCCAGGAUGCUGUAGAGAGGUGUCUCCAGGAGGUAUCAACCACCGUCCAAAAGGAGCAUCCGCCAUGGGCUCUUCCACAGUAUCGGCCGCGAGACCCCAGGCCGUACGCAGGGGACUCGGAUUCGCAAUCUAGGACGUCCGAAGUGGCCUCAGAUCCCGAAGUCCCCGCCAAUCGCACCAGGUAUGGAGUCAGCAGCGGCGAGGACGAGGACCCGUUCGCGUACGACAAUUCCAAGGAAAGCCUUUACCAGAAGCUGUACGGAUUCGGGAGCGGUGGCCGCGGGAUGAGAGCGAGACUGCACGAGGCGUCGAGGCCGUAUUCGUGUCCCUUUAGGAAGAGGAACCCGGUCAUGUUCAACGUCCGCGACCACGAGCAUUGUGCCAAGAGGCCGUUUUUCGGGAUGCAGGAGCUCAAACAUCAUAUCAGAACCUACCACAGAGCGUGCGGGCCGCCGCAUUCGUGCCCACGGUGCAAGGCAGGCUUCCAGAACUCGUCUGACUUGUCUGAGCAUCUGAUGGUGCCUGUGGAGCAAAUGUGUGAACCUAAUAGUGCAGCCCCGGACAAUGUGAUAGAGGACGGGAUCACCGAGGAGAUGGAUCGAGCCCUUGCAGAACGGACACCGAGACAUAGUGUAAAGACCUGGGAACAGAUCUGGAAGCUUCUGUUUCCACAGGAUGUGUCUGCUUUGGAUUCAGAAUAUCUCCCGGUGGUUGAAAUGGUAGAGAUGGAGCAGAAGCUGGACGACAGCCAAGCAGAGCUCAGGGCGGACCUGAGCGAAAGUCUCCGAAAGCUCCUGCCCGAACAGUCGGAAGACGUGUGUUUCUUCUUGGCAGGCCAGUUCCAGCUCGUCUUCGAGCAGCACAGAGCAAAAGUCAACAGGAAGUGCCGCAUCAGCGCCAGCGGGGGAGCCAUUCCCUCCAGCGCGUCCGAGAAGAGCAAAAGCGAUUCUUCGCGCAUGUCACGGUUCUCUAUGCGAAAUUUCGACCCGGCAACUCUGAAAGCCCCGACCAUCCACGGAAGGAGUGCAAGCCAGCUGUCAUCACCAAGGUCACAGGGCCGCCGGCAGUCGCAGGCGCAGGCGAUCCCGCCCAGGACAACCGUCUCACCGGCCAGCACCUCGUCCUCCGUGUACUCACAAGACCCGGUCCCCCCGGUGUCGAAUAGGUCCAGGACGACGACGCGCUCGAGUAUCCUCAGCAUGAGCGGCAUGCAGGUUGAGAGCCCGCGGCUCCCGUUCAAGGACUGGGUCCAGGGAGUCAAGUUCAGCGCCACCAACAGCGAGGACAAGAACUACCAGCGCGAUUCUGGGCUAGCGAUGGAGCUGUGCGAGACCUGCCAGAUGGAUCCCUGCCAGUGCGAGGGCUACAACGGCUACGCGGACCAGCUGUCUGCCUUCAUGACCCCGGCGCCUAAUACCCAUCAGCCCCCCUCUGGCCUGGCACCGUACUCGGCGAUGGAACAAGUGAGCGAGGACGAGGAGGUGGACUGGGCGGCGCAGUAUGGAAAUAAUUCCCUGACUCCUGGCGUGCCCUCAUCAGGCCAGAGGCUGCAGAUGAAGGGCAGCAGGAUGGGGCUUAAUGCUCAGAGUGCCCAAGCGAAUAGGCUGGCACCGACGGCUGGGCAGGCCCAGCAGGGGUUUAUCUAA